AUGCUCAUCAGUAUCCUUGGUUCUUCAGUCAUCGUUCUCUACGGCUUCAACGACCAAGGCUUGGGACAUGACUGCAACAGCAAAUACUCUGCCUCCUGCGACACAGUAUUUACAGCCAGAUCAACAGCUUUCACCACCAUGACUUGGGACUUUCUCCUCUUUGCUUGGCAGCUCGUUGACUUCCGUCGUUCGUUCUUUGCCGAGAUCUUCGAAAAGGGCGGGAGUUUCAAGGCCUGGACCAAGCGUCUCUGGAAGAAUCCUUUUCUCUUUUGGUCUGUCACUUUGAGUACUGUUCUCAUUCCACCAACACUCUACAUCCCUGUCAUCAACCAUGUUGUCUUUAUGCAUAAUCCCAUCACAUGGGAAUGGGCGGUGAUCUUCAUUGCCGUCGGCGUUUUCUUUGCUGGGGCGGAGGGUUAUAAAUGGGCUAAACGGGUUUAUUUCCGACGUACGGUGGCGAAAGAGUUUCGUAAGGAUAUCACAGAUGUUGAGCUUUACGCUUUUGGUCGAUAUAUGGAUGGUUCAGAGGACGGCAGUGAGUCGAACUGCGAUGUUGGCAAAAAGUGUUAG